AAAAAAUCCUAAAAAGAAAAUACACCAUGCUAUUACAUGUGCGGUAUGUUGAACUUCUUACACUGCUUUUUAUUAAAGCAAACAGCGAUCUGAGCCGGGAACACUUGCUGAAGAGGAUUAUUCAGUCAACCGCUGAUGAAAACCCAAAUGCUUCAUCCAGGAUUCAGCAUCCUCACAUGAUCGCUGCACUCUGACUCCGAACACACACACACACACACACACAAACCUGUGUGCCUGUUGCCUCUGCCGCUUUAGGCGUUUGUUGCUGACUGCAGGACGUCAUUAUAAAAAAACAGCUCGACAUUCACUCCUGUCUGCAGCUCAGGAGGAGAGUGUUUAUUCCUCUCCUUCGGAGGGAACUGUCUCCACGGGACACAGGCAGCAAUCAUAAGCAGACUUCCGUCAAAACCGCGGUGCACUAUUGUCAGCAUCUUGUCAUGGGCAAUAAUGUAUCGGCUAUAUCGACGCUGCACAGAGGACAACAGCAGGGGUUUCACAGACUUCGAAACUCCCAGAAAGACUCCCUUGGUGGCCCAUUCCCAUCCACGUCACACCGAUGCCACCACAAACCCAAGAGGUGCCUGCCUAUCCAGUGUGGCAGCGUUGGCGGGGCCCUUCCCAUCAGCCCACUCCUCUUCCAUCCAAACGCCAAGGGAUCCCAAAUCGUCAUGGACCUUGCCCAGAGAACAGUCAAGAGGCAGGCCAGUUUCUGCAAUGCCAUCACCUUCACUAACAGGCCCAUAGCACUGUAUGAGCAAGUCCGCCUCAAGAUUACUAAAAAGCAGUGUUGCUGGAGUGGGGCUCUACGUCUGGGCUUCACUGCCAAAGACCCCUCCAGGAUAAACCCAGACAACCUGCCCAAAUACGCCUGCCCAGACUUGGUGUCCCAGAGCGGCUUCUGGGCCAAGGCCCUGCCCGAGGAGUUUGCCAAUGAGGGCAACGUCAUCGCCUUCUGGGUUGACAAGAAGGGCAGAGUCUUCUACCGCAUUAAUGAGUCCAGUCCCAUGCUGUUCUUCAGUGGAGUCCGCACAGCUGAGCCCCUCUGGGCCCUCAUUGAUGUUUACGGUCUGACCCGCGGAGUGCAGCUGCUAGACAGUGAGAUUGUUCCUCCCGACUGCCUACGCCCACGCUCCUUCACCACAGUGCGCUCCUCUUCUCUCCGGCGUGAAGCUGACGACUCCCGUCUGUCCGUCAGCCUGUGUGACCUCAACCUGCAGCAGGAGGAAGGACGCAACGCUCACAAUCACUCCCAUCGCCACACCCUUCACCUGGCCUCAGCAUCCUCAUCCUCCACCUGCCCCAUACCCCAGAACUCCCUCAACUCCCAGCAGUCCUCUCUGCUACCAUCCGCCCUGGAGAGUGACCUCCACUUUCACCAGCUGCGUGGCGCCCACAUUAAGACGCUGGACGAGCAGACGGUGGCACGAUCUGAGCACGCACGAGAGGAACGCACUCUAGUCUUCACCAACCGGCCCCUGCGCACCGGAGAGACCGUCUUCAUCAAAGUCACCAAGUCCAGCCCGGCACGCUCAGGCUCAUUGUCCUACGGUGUGACAUCCUGUGACCCGGCAGUGCUGCGUCCCAGCGACUUGCCCUACAAUCCAGAGGCUCUGGUGGACAGGAAGGAGUUUUGGGCGGUGUGUCGGGUGCCAACGCCUCUCCAGAGCAGUGACAUCCUGGGCUUCUUGGUCAACCAAGAAGGGGAGGUAAUCCUCAGCCACAACGGCACCAAUGUGGGCAUGCAGGUGUGUGUGGACAACUCCCGCCCACUCUGGAUGUUCUUUGGUCUCCAUGGGGCUGUGACUCAGCUGAGGAUUCUGGGUUCCACUCAUCUCGGGGAUCCGCGGGCCACUUCAAACCCCAGUUCGCCUUCCUCCUCUCCACACACUCCCAGUGCCCUGGGCAGUGGCAGCUCUGAUCCGGUGCUGAACGGAGGCCUGUGCUCUGCCGCUUAUUGCAGCUCAGCAGGAGGAACGACCCCAAACUCCCCAGUCAGCCUCCCCAAGUCCCCAACGUUCCCAUCAGGCCGUGGGCCUUGGUCUGACGAGUGCUCCAUCUGUUACGAGAACGCGGUCGACACUGUCAUCUACGCCUGUGGGCACAUGUGUCUGUGCUACACUUGCGGCAUCAAACUCAAGAAGAUGUCCAACGCCUGCUGUCCCAUCUGCAGAAGGCAGAUCAAAGACAUUAUUAAGACCUACCGGAGCACGUAAGGGGACGACGGCUAACCGACGGAUGGUCUCCCUAAAAAACAGCGCAAUCCCAAUGUCAGGGAAUAACUGUCUUAGUUCAGGGAAUAAGCAUUCUGGAAAUUUAAUUUGGUAUUUUCAUACAGUUGUUUCGCUCGCAUGACCUUUUCCAAAGCCGGUACCGCUUUACUGGAAAGGUCUCUUGUCACAGCCUCCCUACAAAGGCAGCACUUGAAGUGGUAUGGGGUUCCACUGAGAACUUUAUCUUGCCACAAGUGUUUGCUCUCUUCUGGGAUCUUGGAAGACUUUGAAUGAGAGAGAGAAACAAUUCUGAAAGAAUUUAAUUUGUUGAGCUAUGUUGUAAGUUUUAGGGACUGUGACCCAUUUGCACCAAAGCAAGUGAGUCACUUUGGGGCUGAAUGUCUCGAUAACAGUUCUCUUAAAGGAUGACUGAAAUAUGCCGUCAACCUGAUGCAUAUGUCUGACUUACACUUUCUGACAGGUUAUAAUCUCAGUAUGUCACAACUUGUGUCUGUGUAUUACUGAGCAUUGGAAAAGAGAAGUCAGUCUGGCGUCGUAAAGAUGAAGUGAUGGAUUUCUGUAAUUGUCGUGGUGAUUAUCAGUGAGUGAUGUGCUUAGAGAUGCAAGGCGGUGCUGACUAUAUUAAGUAGGAUUGUAACACCUCUUGUACUUGUAUAAUCUAAUGUACCUGUAUGGUAGUUCUAUUGCAAAUGUCGGUGGUAGCUAUAUUGUUGUGCUAGCUAGCUGCUUGCUCUGCAAUGUGGUAUGUUGCACUGAAAUUAGCAUUGUCCUCUCAGAAAUGCCCCGCUAUAGACAGAGAGGACAAAGACAUUCAUUGGUUCAAACAAUCUAUAAACCUGCAUCCACAGACUCAGCAGUUUUAAAUAUCUGAAAGGAAACAGGAAGUGGAAAAAACAAACAAACAAAAAAAAAAACCUCUUUUGGAUUCUCCUCAGGGCCAGCUAUCUUUUUUAAGAAGAUGUGAACUAUUUUCCCAAACUUUACCAUGCCUAAUACACUGUGAGCGCUCAUGAUGAAUUGACAGGACCUCUAAAAUAGUUCCCAUAACAACACAUAAAUCAAAGGAUUGUUGCCACCACAGACACAACACAGCCUCCUGCCUUAAACCAGAGAAGGUUCAUUUAUUACAUGCGGAUGUAUCAUAUUCAGCGUUUUCUGCCGUUUUCCGAAACCCUGAACACAUUACCAAAUAAUGCUGUUGUGUGGCGCGAACUGUCACAAAAUGUUCACUCAGUGGAGAAAAAGCACACAAAAUUAAAAGUAUUUUUGUAAUAUAAAUCCAUGACAUUUCCAAUAUUUAAUUAAAAAUGUUUUGUGACAGGCCUUUCACCAGCAGCAAUGAUACUUUACAGAAAUUAGUUAAGGGGCGGGGUUAAAAAAAGAUGUAUACUUUUUUUGAAUAUUUGUAUGAUUCUGACCCCUAAUUUCAGUAUAAAAUGUCUUGAUAUAUCCCCCAGAAAUUUCACCUCUUAAUACAGAAACUCAGCAGUAAGCCAUAGCUUAUAACAGGACAUCACUCGAAGCUGAGAGGCUGUUUUUUUAAUGACAUUGUACUUCAUUUUGUAGAUAAUCAACAAAUGGGGCUCAAACCUAUGCUGCUAUGGUAUUUGCCAGCUGUCCUUUCUGGGCAAAUGCUGACAGUGGUGUUUCACACAUCCCUCCUCCCACAUUACAGUUUGAUUACGCUACUGCUUGAAGUGUUAAUUCACAUUUGAAUGUUAACUUAUGUAUUUAGAGAGAUAAAUGAUUUUUAUCUGUGUGCUUGAAUUGAAAAAAAGAAAAGAAAAAAAAGGUUUUGUCUGUUUUUUUUUCUUUUGAAUGAUAAUCAUGAUUCUAAGAUUUGUUUCCUGUUUCUCCAAAACCAUGGAACUAAAUUUGUUCUUGUUUUCUAAUAGUGAGAAUAUAGAGAGUUGCUUGUACCUUGCAGCAAUAAGAGAUAUUGCAGUACACAAUCAAAACCUCAUUGCUUUGGGGUGCAAGAUAUAAACUCUUGGUUUUAUUACAAUCCUUGAAUUUCAGGAGUUCUUUUUUGUAAUUUAUCUUCUUGUGUGUAAGCCCUGUUAGAGAGCCCUACAACCAGUUCUGUAUUUAUAUCUUGUAUCAUUAUAUAGUCUGAGAGCCAUCGCUGUAUGGUAAUGAUAAAUGUCACUUUAUAAAGCUACUGAUUGUAAUCUUGUAAAUUGUUUAAGCCAGCGCUGCUCUCUGAGACUCAACUAUGGCAUGUUUUAUUUUCUGACCAAAUUGAAACAUUAUUUUUUUUGUUUUUCUUAUCUUUCUAAUACAUUGUAUAAAUUGAAGUUUCUUGGUGCAAAACCCUGUUUUUGUUUGGGCUUUUUUAAAUUUACGUCAAUCAUUUUUUGGACCACAUUCAUUGAUAUACACAAAUCAUUACAGUUUAUUCAAAGCUAAAAAAAAACAUUUGAAAGUUUGGUUAUGUUUUCAUCAGUAAUUUCUUUUCUAUAUAUACCUUUUAAUGGAGGUAUAUACUCCACAGGCUCCUUGAAUGUUACUGAUCCUGUAAUGUACUAUUUAUUUGUCCAUAAUUGAUGUGUGGACUAAUUCCUUCAAACUGGCUUUUCCUGUGUGUUUGCUUUCUUCUACAUUGCCACUAUGCCAAUAUGACUCCUCUGUGUCCAGCCAAGCGCAGAGCAGCACAUUUAGAGAUUCUUUCUGUAGAUCUUAGUACUUUUUGUCAUGCAUGAGUUAUCUGCGUGAGCAUCGGGACCAACAGUAGAUGAGCAUCAGCGUGGGAUGCUGUUAGUGUUCAUGUAGACUGGAGUCAGUGGCUAGAAAUACUACAUAUAUAGCCAUUGUUGUGACACAGCAGCUGAAGUACUUAGCAAACCUGUAUUUUCUUUCUUUUUCAUUUGAAACAAGUGUUUGUGUGUGAACUCUGUUCAGUGUGAGUCGGAUGAUUGUGGUUAAUAAACUUUCCAGAU